GCCACUGUAACCUGUCAAAGAAGAGCUAAGGGAGCUUUCAGGGUUCGCUUCUUGGAGGCUGCUUUCUCCUUUACUUGGAAGGCUUCGCUAGUGAUGGACCCAUACGUGAUUCAGAUGAGCAGCAAAGGCAACCUUCCCUCAAUUCUGGAUGUGCAUGUCAACGUUGGUGGGAAAAGCUCUGUGCCGGGGAAAAUGAAAGGCAGGAAUACCAGGUGGUCCGUGAGGCCCUCAGACAUGGCCAACAAAACUUUCAACCCCAUCCGAGCCAUUGUGGACAACAUGGAGGUGAAACCAAAUCCAAACAAAACCAUGAUUUCUCUGUCCAUUGGGGACCCUACUGUGUUUGGAAACCUGCCUACAGACCCUGAAGUUACCCAGGCAAUGAAAGAUGCCCUGGACUCAGGCAAAUAUAAUGGCUAUGCCCCAUCCAUCGGCUUCCUAUCCAGUCGGGAGGAGAUUGCUUCUUAUUACCACUGUCCCGAGGCACCCCUAGAAGCUAAGGAUGUCAUUCUGACAAGUGGCUGCAGUCAAGCUAUUGAAAUGUGUCUAGCUGUGUUGGCCAACCCAGGGCAAAACAUCCUGGUUCCAAGACCUGGUUUCUCUCUCUACAGGACUCUGGCUGAAUCUAUGGGAAUUGAGGUCAAACUCUACAAUUUGUUGCCAGAGAAGUCUUGGGAAAUUGACCUGAAACAACUGGAAUCUCUGAUUGAUGAAAAGACAGCUUGUCUCAUUGUCAAUAAUCCAUCAAACCCCUGUGGGUCAGUGUUCAGCAAACGUCAUCUUCAGAAGAUUCUGGCAGUGGCUGCACGGCAGUGUGUCCCCAUCUUAGCUGAUGAGAUCUAUGGAGACAUGGUGUUUUCGGAUUGCAAAUAUGAACCACUGGCCACCCUUAGCACCGAUGUCCCCAUCCUGUCCUGUGGAGGGCUGGCCAAGCGCUGGCUGGUUCCUGGCUGGAGGUUGGGCUGGAUCCUCAUUCAUGACCGAAGAGACAUUUUUGGCAAUGAGAUCCGAGAUGGGCUGGCAAAGCUGAGUCAGCGCAUCUUGGGACCCUGUACCAUUGUCCAGGGAGCUCUGAAAAGCAUCCUACGUCGCACCCCGGAAGAGUUUUACCACAACACUCUGAGCUUUCUCAAGUCCAGUGCUGAUCUCUGUUUUGGGGCAUUGGCUGCCAUCCCUGGACUCCGGCCAGUCCGCCCUUCUGGUGCCAUGUACCUCAUGGUUGGAAUUGAGAUGGAACAUUUCCCAGAAUUUGAGAACGAUGUGGAGUUCACGGAGCGGUUAGUUGCUGAGCAGUCUGUCCACUGCCUCCCAGCAACGUGCUUCGAGUACCCGAAUUUCAUCCGAGUGGUCAUCACAGUCCCCGAGGUGAUGAUGCUGGAGGCGUGCAGCCGGAUCCAGGAAUUCUGUGAGCAGCACUACCAUUGUGCUGAAGGCAGCCAGGAGGAGUGUGAUAAAUAG